AUGAAUAAUUAGUAACCAUAAUCAUUGUUUUCUAAUUCAUGUAAUUAGACAUAAAACCAAGGACUUUUCUAAUAAUAAUUGUAAUCCUUCAACGUAAAUUUCGGAAUAGGCUAGUAAGGGACAGGAAAUAUUUUACCAAGUCCUAUAAUUCCUCAUUGUAAUACCAAUUUAUUUGGAAACCAAAUCAACAACGCCUAACAAUAUCCCAUGCAUCAACAAACUACUUAGUUAACAAACAUUAAUUUUAAAGAUGAUGAAAAGAUAAAGCCUAAAGAAGAAGCUGCAAAAUAAAUUACAUAUAAAUAUGAUUUAAAUGAGAAACUUUCCUUCGAAGUUAGAUCCUUAUACAAAAUGGGAAAAUUACUCAGCAGUAGGACAUAGUACUUACCUGGAAUUGUAAGCCUAAAGACAUAAGAUUAAACUGCCGCUUAGAAUAAAGAAAGUUAGCGAGUAGGAGUUGAUUUGGUAAUUAUUAUUGAAUAUUCUUUAGAUAUGCUUAAUUGACAUUAGCGGAAGUAUGAUAGGAGUUAAAAUUGAGAUGGUUAAGGCAUCUUUAAUUGUUCUUCUUUAAUUUCUUGGAGAUAAUGAUAGACUAUAAUUAAUUACCUUCGAUAAUGAAGCCCACAGAUUAACUCCUUUAAAGACUGUAACGGAACAAAAUAAAAGUUAUUUUACUUCAAUUAUCUAUUCAAUUAAAGCAAAUGGAGGUAAUCGUAUUUCAGAAGCUACUAAGAUGGCAUUUUACUAAUUAAAAAGUAGAGAAUAUGAAAAUAACGUAACAUCGAUUUUCUUACUUUCAGAUGGUGUUGAUUUUACUUACCCAGAAGUAUAGGAGCAAAUAAAGACAGUGAAUGAAGUUUUUACUUUGCAUACAUUUGGUUUUGGAUAGGAUCAUGAUGCUAAAAUGAUGACUUAGAUUUGUAAUUUAAAGAGUGGAAGUUUUUAUUUUGUAUAAGAUGUAACAUUAUUGGAUGAAUUCUUUGCGGAUGCUUUGGGAGGAUUAAUUUCUGUUGUAGGUGAAUAAUUAGAAAUAACACUUUAAUCUUAAGCUCCUUCUCCUUAUUAAGAUAUUUAAAUAUCUAAAACUUAUGGAAAUAUGUGGUAAAAGAAAGGAAAUCAAUAUUAUAUUACUCAACCUUAACUUGCUUCUGGAACAAGAAAAGAUUACGUUUUUGAAUUGGCUCUUCCAAAAUUUGAAGGGAAAAUUGAAGAUAAUCAAAGAAACGUUAAAGUUAUAGAGGCAGUAUUAAAAGUGAAAGAUCCAGUUAAUGGAGUGAUUAUUACUAAAUAAACUAGUCUCACUUUAACAUUCUUUAAUUAAGAUGAAUAAAUUAAUUAAAAUGAAUCAGAUAUUGAUGUCUAUGCAUAAUAUUAUAGAGUUAAAGGAACAGAAAUAAUUGAUGAUGCAAGAAAAGCUUGUGAAUAAAAUAAAAAUGAAGAUGCAUAAAAAUUAAUUGAUGGUAUGUUGAUACAAAUUCAAAAGAAUCAAAAUGUUGCUUCCUAAUGUACUGGAAUUAUUUAAGAUUUAUAAUAAGCAAAAUAAGCAUCUGCAAGAAAUACAUAUAAUUUAUUUGGCCAAAAGCAAAUGUGUUAAAUGGUCAGUAACAACUAUCAAUAGGGAGGAGUCAAUUCUAUGUUUUCUUCUGCAGGAAUGCAAUUAUAAUAAGUUUAACCAUCUGCUUUUUCUAAUGUUUAAUAAUAAUAAAUGAUGUUUUAAGUACAAUCAAGUAAAUCUAGUAAUAAAUAACAUUGA